GCAGUAGACAGCACAACAUGGGCAUGGACGAGCAGCGGAUCAUAGCCAUCAGCAUAGCGCCCAAGCAGCAAGUGGGCCACCUGAAACCCGAGUCCACAUGGGUCCACUGUCCCGCCUGCGAGCGGUCCGAGUGUAGUGUCGUCCAGCUGGAGCCCGUCACCUGUUUUCAGCGCUUCCUCGGCUUCGCCAACCUCUUCAAGAAGUGGCCUGGCCGAACGGACAUCAAUCACUACUGCUCCCAGUGUGGCUGCUUCAUCGGACGGUUUGUCGCCAUCAGCUGCGUGGAGCGCUGCAUCUCCAAGUCGGCUAAACGCAAGGCGGCCUUGGACGACAUGACGCUGAAGACCCGCCCCAAGGACUGUGCCGAACGGGCCAGAAGUCCCGUGAGAAGGUCCUGGCCAAGCGGGCUGAGAAUUCGCGGGAAAGGGUCAUGGCCGAUCGAGUAAAGAAACAGGCCGAAAAAGAUGCCGAUGAAACACAUGCCCGACUACAAAGCCGCGGACCAACUCAAAUCCAAACACAAACCGUUGCGGUCACCGUUCCAGCGGGCUAAUAAGGUCAAAUGGUUUCUGAAUCGACUAG